UCGCCUCCCACACCUCCACUCACUUUCUCCUCUGACGGAACUCAACGACGGCAGUCUAAACCAUAACCAGACGCACAACGCACCGUUUCGUCUUUGUGUGGUAAGAAGAUGACGCUCCACUCUCUGGUUAUUCAGAAGCUAUUGAGCACAAACGCGCACCUGGGCCGCCGCGUGGCGGAGGCUCACCACUUCAAGGUUUUCAGUUACGGCGUUCGAAAUGAUCAGAGCAUCAUCGACAGCGACAAGACUCUCAUUUGCCUACGCAGCGCCGUUCAGUUCAUUUCAAACAUGGCCCGCAACAACGCGCGGUUCAUGUUCGUCAAUACGAAUCCACUAUUCGACGAAAUUGUGGAGCUGAUGACCAAGAAGAUCGGCCUCUACAGUCCCCGAGACUCUCAAAUCUGGAGAUUGGGUGGGUUCCUGACCAACCGUUCGAGUCCCAAGAAGUUCCGGUCGAGGAACAAGAAAGUGUGUUUCGGGCCGGUCCAGCCUCCCGAUUGUGUCGUUGUAUUGGACUCGGAACGGAAGAGCUCGAUCGUGCUCGAGGCAGACCGUCUGCAGAUCCCGGUUGUAGCGCUGGUGGACCCUGCGAUGCCGUGGGAGUACUACAAGCGGAUUGCUUAUCCCGUGCCGGCCAAUGAGUCGGUGCAGUUUGUGUACUUGUUCUGCAAUGUGAUUACAAAAACUUUCUUGCUUGAGCAAAAGAGAGCCGGAUUGUUUAAAGGCCAUGGUGGAAGCAAGGAGGAGACAAAGACUAUCAAAGGGGAAAAUGGGGAAGAGGAAGUAUCGUCGUAAAACCUGGGGGAAAUCCGAAAUUCCCGAGCUUAUAUAAAAUAGGAGAUCAAUCGCUAGCAGCGGAGGGAUUAAUUUCUACCAUUUGCUUGAUACUGGGAAAGAAAUUUGAUGAGUUCAAAAUUUUGCAGUAGUACAUAGUACUUGUGAUGCUUUUGAAGCAUCUUCUCCUAAUUUUUUCUUUCUAUCCAUUCACUUUCAUUGAUCAAACUUCCCAUUCCUUGGAUAUUCGUGUUGUAUUGCCUUUAGUAAAUUUUAUUAUUUCAUUUAUAUUUUUAUUUA